UUCGUUCUCUAUUUUACUCCUACUAGGUCGAACCUCAGUCCCUCGCGUCGACUCCGCCGCCGCCGUUGCUGUGUCCCUCGCCGUCGCCUCCGCCAUCCGUCUCUCUAUAAGCCUCUUGGCAGUGGCUCAGCCUCUUGGAAGUCGGAAACCAUAAACCCUUAGGGAGAAUUUUUUUUUUGUUCAAGACCUUCGACUUGGAGCGAAAUAAACCCUAAGAAGCUGUGGUUAUUGUUAUAUUAAGUAAAGAUGCAGCACGACGAGGUGAUAUGGCAAGUUAUUAGGCACAAUCACUGCAGUUUCAUGGCCAAAAUAACGACGGGAAAUUUUUGCCGAAACCCGUAUAACGUGACAGGGAUUUGUAAUCGGAGCUCCUGCCCUCUCGCUAACAGUCGUUACGCUACCAUCCGCGACCAUGAUGGAGUCUUCUACUUGUAUAUGAAAACCAUAGAGAGGUCUCAUAUGCCAAAUAAAUUGUGGGAAAGAGUAAAGCUGCCAAGAAACUAUGAGAAAGCCCUUGAAAUUAUUGACAAGCACAUGAUGUAUUGGCCCAAGUAUCUUGUGCACAAAACAAAACAACGAUUGACCAAAAUGACUCAGAUGCGGAUACGAAUGAGGAAACUUGCAUUGAAGACAAGGGAAAAGAUAAUGACAACACCUAGGAAAGAGAAAAAGAGAGAGGCUAGAAGAGAGGAGAAGGCUGAAAGGGCAGCAGUAUUGGAUAAGAGUAUUGAAAAUGAGCUGCUUGAACGACUUAAAAGAGGAGUUUAUGGAGACAUAUAUAACUACCCUGUAAAAGAAUACAAUAAAGUUCUUGAUAUGGAAGGACUUCAGGCUGCUAGUGAAGAUGAAGAUGAGGAAGAACCUGAGAUAGAAUAUGUUGAAGGCUAUGAAGAACUUGAAGAGGAAGAUGAUAUGGAAGAUUUUGUUGGUCUUCCAGUCAACAAAUAUCGCACUGAGGGUGAUAAUGGUGAUGAUGGAAUGGAUGAUGGAGAUGAAGAAACAGUAGCAGUUGAGAGCAAGAGAGUAAGAAGAGAUUCUCAAAGGAAGCUCGAGAAAGAGGAACCCACUGCCAAAUUGAAGAAGAAAGCUAGAGUGCUUGUUGAGGUUGAGCAUGAAGAUACGGACGAAAGACAGAGGGCAGUCCAAUGAGAGAUCGGUCUUGAAUUUUGUAGGAGAUGGCCAUCUUUGAUGAUUGGCUUGUUGAAGAGGGAAAGGUUGUUCACAAGCGGGGGUUGGCAUUUUUAAUGUUGUUUAAAGAUAACUAGGACUACUUGUGUUUUUUUCUUUUCUUAAUUAUAUAAAUUCUUCUUGUUUUCUUUUGCAACUACUUGUCCCUACUCUUUCUGACCAUCUACUAUCCAGAAACUAUAAAAUUUACUUCAAUUUUGUUGUUGUUCAAAA